AUGGUGUUUGUAGCGGUGUUAGGAGGUUACAUUAUAACCUCCUUACUCUUAUUUAGAUUUCCAAGACUUGUUCAUAAAAAGAAAAAUCUGAAAUUUAGAGCUCAUCAUAUCAGUCACAGAGGAGGCGCUGGUGAAAAUUUAGAAAACACCAUGACAGCUUUCAGGCAUGCUGUAAAACUAGGAACUGAUAUGUUGGAGUUGGAUUGUCAUAUAACUCGAGAUGGACAGGUUGUGGUAGCUCAUGAUAAUGAUUUAGAAAGAGUUUGUGGAAAAACUGUUAAGAUUACUGAAACUGAUUAUGCUGAUUUACCCAUGAUGAAAGAUACUAUGUGUUUAGAUUUUGAAAGAGAUUUUACUCUCCAUGCUGGUGAUGAUAGGAUUAUACCUUUAUUAGAAGAUGUUUUUGAAGAAUUUCCUGAUUUACCAAUAAAUGUAGAUAUCAAGAUAGAUAACAAUGAACUCAUUGCAAAGGUGUCUGAUCUAGUCAAGAAGUAUAAGAGACAAGAUAUAACAGUAUGGGGAAAUCGAAGUAGUACUAUUUGUACAAAAGUAUACAAGGAAAAUCCUGAAAUACCAUUAUUAUUUUCUAUGAAAAAAGUCAUAACAUUAUUAAUAUUAUUUUAUACUGGUUUAUUACCAUUUAUACCAUUUAAAGAAUCAUGUUUAGAAAUCAUCAUGCCUUGUAUUUUAUUAGACACCAAAAAAUUUCAGUUGAAUUUGAAUAAAAAACAAGGUUAUUUAGUCAAGUUUUUAAAUAUGAUAUUAAUGAGGCCAUUAUUGUUUAAACAUUUAGAAAGAAGAGGAAUACAUACAUUUGUAUGGGUAUUAAAUAGUGAAGAAGAAUUUGAUAUAGCAUUUAAAACUCAAGUCAUGGGUGUCAUGACAGAUUUUCCUACCAAAUUAAAGGAUUUUCUACAAGAACAUCCGCAAUAUGUGAAACAGUCUUAA